UUUUCCACCUGUCAAGGAAGGUGACAUCCAUCGUUCCAGAGAGCUGCCUCCUCAUCCUGCUGGGCCUGGGCCUGGGGGGCAUCGUCUUGGCCGUGGCGAAGAAAGCCGAGUACCAGCUGGAGCCCAACAUGUUCUUCCUCUUCCUUCUGCCCCCCAUCGUCCUGGACUCGGGCUACUUCAUGCCCAGCCGGCUCUUCUUUGACAACAUCGGCGCCAUCCUCACCUACGCGGUGGUGGGCACGCUCUGGAACUCCUUCACCACCGGCACUGCGCUCUGGGGGCUGCACCGGGCCGGGCUCAUGGAUCCAGGAGUUGAGGCUGGGCUGAUGGAUUUCCUGCUCUUCGGCAGCCUCAUCUCGGCUGUGGAUCCCGUGGCAGUGCUGGCCGUCUUUGAAGAGGUCCAUGUCAAUGAGACCCUCUUCAUCAUCGUGUUCGGCGAGUCUCUCCUGAACGAUGCUGUCACCGUGGUGCUGUACAAGGUCUUCAACUCUUUUGUGGAGCUGGGCCCAGCCCACAUCCAUGCCACGGACUACGUGAAGGGGGUAGCCUCCUUCUUCCUGGUGAGCCUGGGGGGCACGGCUGUGGGGCUGCUCUUUGCGUUUCUCCUGGCCCUGAUCACGCGGUUCACCAAGCGCGUGCGCAUCAUCGAGCCGCUCUUCGUCUUCCUCCUGGCCUACGUUGCGUACCUUGCUGCCGAGAUGGUCUCGCUCUCCUCCAUCCUGGCAGUCACCUUCUGUGGGAUCUGCUGCAAGAAGUACGUGGAAGCCAACAUCUCCCAGAAAUCCCGCACCACCGUCAAGUACACCAUGAAGACGCUGGCCAGCAGCUCAGAGACCAUCAUCUUCAUGUUUCUGGGAAUCUCAGCUGUGGACACCUCCAAAUGGGCAUGGGACACUGCACUGGUGCUGGGCACUCUGUUCUUUAUCCUGCUCUUCAGAGCUGUGGGUGUUGUCCUCCAGACCUACGUGCUCAACCGCUUCCGCCUCAUCCCUCUGGACAGGAUCGACCAGGUGGUCAUGUCAUACGGUGGCCUCCGUGGCGCCGUGGCCUUCGCGCUGGUCAUCCUGCUGGACAGGGCAAAGGUGAAAGCCAAGGACUACUUUGUGGCAACGACCAUCGUGGUGGUGUUCUUCACUGUCAUUGUGCAGGGCCUCACCAUCAAACCCCUGGUGACAUGGCUGAAGGUGAAGCGCAGCGACCACCACAAGCCCACGCUGAACGAGGAGCUGCAUGAGCACGCCUUUGACCACAUCCUGGCAGCAGUGGAGGACAUCGUGGGGCACCAUGGCUACCACUACUGGCGGGACAAGUGGGAACAGUUUGACAAGAAGUACCUGAGCCAGCUCCUGAUGCGGAAAUCUGCCUACAGGCUGCGGGAUGAGAUCUGGGAUGUCUACUACAAGCUGAACAUCCGUGAUGCUAUCAGCUUCGUUGACCAGGGUGGCCACGUGCUCUCAGCUGCCAAACUGGCGCUGCCCUCCAUGCCCAGCCGCACAUCCAUGUCGGAGUCAUCAGUCACAAACCUCCUGAGGGAGAGUGGAAGCGGCGCGUGCCUGGACCUGCAGGUGAUCGACACGGUGCGGAGCCGGCGGGACAAGGAGGAUGCUGCCAUGCACCACGUGCUGCGAGGGAGCCUCUACAAACCCCGCCGGCGGGGGAGAUACAAGGCCAGCUACAGCCGUCACUUCAUCUCUCCAGAUAAACAAGAGCGCCAAGAUAAAGAAAUCUUCCGGCAGAACAUGAAGAGGCGGCUGGAGACCUUCAAGUCCACAAAGCACAAUGUCUGCUCCUCCAAGAGCAAGGCCAGGCUGAAGGAAAAGGGCAGGAAAAAGAAGAACGUCUCUCUGACCAGCGACACACCCAACGGGAAGACGCACAGAAGCGUCCCCUGGCAGGAGGCGGCUCCUGUCCUGAUGAUGGUCAGCUCAGAGGAGGAGGAGAGUGAUAGCUCGGAGACAGAAAGAGAGGAUGAUGAAGGGAUUGUCUUCAUCGCUCGAGCCACCGAUGAGGUCCUGCAGGGAAAGACUACUCCUGGCAGCCUGGACGUCUGCCCCAGCCCCUGCAUCAUCCCGCCAUCGCCCACCUUGGCAGAGAAGGAGCUGCCGUGGAAAGGAGACCAGGCUGAUCUUGCUGUUUACGUCUCCUCGGAGACUACCAAAAUCGUGCCAGUGGAUAUGCAGAAAGCGUGGAACCAAAGCAUCUCCUCCCUGGAGAGCAUCGCUUCCCCCCCAGGCAUCGAGAGUGGACCUCAGCACCGGAGAUUCGCCUGCCCUGUGCUGGAGGAGCAGCCCCAGUCUGCCAGCCAGGCGAUGCCAGAGCAGAGCUCCUGCUUCCAGUUCCCCAGCCACGUCCCUAAGAGCAGCCGGUCGCAGAGUGACAGCAGCCCGGAUGCCCCUGAGCAGCAGGAGCUGCAGCCAUUGAUGGCCACGGAGGAGCAGGGCAGGAUGGUGCCCACCGCUGAGCCCAGGUGGAUGAAGUUCAACCGAGCAAGCCACCUCUGA